AUGGCCCUCCACGGCUUCCCGUUUCGUUGUUCUCGCCAAUAUUUGCUCCUUUUUAUCCUUUUUUAUUCUUUUUUUCUUUUUCUUUUCUUUCUUUUUUUUUUUUUAUUCUUUUUCUUUUCUUUUCUUUUCUUUAUUCUUUUUUCUUUUCUUUCUUUUAUUCUUUUUUUUUUUUUCUUUCUUUAUUCCUUUUCUUUCUCUUUUCUUUCUUUCUUUAUUCCUUUUUUUUCCUUUUCUUUCUUUUCUUUCUUUAUUCCUUUUUUUUCUUUCUUUAUUCUUUUUCCUUUUCUUUCUCUUUUCUUUCUUUAUUCCUUUUCUUUUUUUUUUCUUUAUUCUUUUCUUUUUUUUCUUUCUUCCUUUCUUUUCUUUUAUUCUUUUCUUUAUUCUUUCUUUUCUUUUUUUUCUUUUCUUUCUUUAUUCCUUUUCUUUUCUUUUCUUUCUUUAUUCCUUUUCUUUCUCUUUUUCUUUUUUUUCUUUUUCUUUCUUUUUUCUUUUUCUUUUUUUUUCUUUUCUUUAUUCCUUUUCUUUCUCUUUUCUUUCUUUUAUUCCUUUUCUUUCUCUUUUUUCUUUCUUUUCCUUUUUUUCUUUUCUUUCCUUUUCUUUCUCUUUUCUUUCUUUAUUCCUUUUCUUUCUCUUUUCUUUCUUUAUUCCUUUUCUUUCUCUUUUCUUUCUUUAUUCCUUUUCUUUCUCUUUUCUUUCUUUAUUCCUUUUCUUUCUCUUUUCUUUCUUUAUUCCUUUUCUUUCUCUUUUCUUUCUUUAUUCCUUUUCUUUCUCUUUUCUUUCUUUUCUUUUUUCUUUCUUUUCUUUCCAUUUCUUUCUUUUCUUUCUUUUUUUUUCUUUAUUCCUUUUCUUUCUCUUUUUCUUUCUUUAUUUUCUUUCUUUUUCUUUCUUUUUUCUUUCUUUAUUCCUUUUCUUUCUUUUCUUUCUUUUCUUUUCUUUUCUUUCUUUUUUUUCUUUUCUUUUUUUUUUCUUUCUUUAUUCCUUUUCUUUCUCUUUUUUCUUUUAUUCUUUAUUCCUUUUUCUUUUUUCUUUCUUUCUUCUUUCUUUAUUCCUUUUCUUUCUCUUUUCUUUCUUUAUUCCUUUUCUUUCUCUUUUCUUUCUUUAUUCCUUUUCUUUCUCUUUUCUUUCUUUAUUCCUUUUCUUUCUCUUUUCUUUCUUUAUUCCUUUUCUUUCUCUUUUCUUUCUUUAUUCCUUUUCUUCUCUUUUCUUUCUUUUUAUUCUUUUUCUUUCUUUUUUCUUUCUUUUCUUUUUUUUCUUUUCUUUUCUUUUUCCUUUUCUUUUUUUUUCUUUUAUUCCUUUUCUUUCUCUUUUUUCUUUAUUCCUUUUUCUUUUCUUUUCUUUCUUUAUUCCUUUUCUUUUCUUUUCUUUUCUUUUCUUUUUCUUUCUUUUUUAUUCCUUUUCUUUUCUUUUUUUUUUUUUUUUUCUUUUCUUUUCUUUUCUUUCUUUUUUCUUUUCUUUCUUUUUUCUUUCUUUUUUCUUUUCUUUCCUUUUCUUUUCUUUUCUUUCUUUAUUCCUUUUCUUUCUCUUUCUUUCUUUAUUCCUUUUCUUUCUCUUUUCUUUCUUUAUUCCUUUUCUUUCUCUUUUUCUUUCUUUUAUCCUUUUCUUUCUCUUUUCUUUCUUUUUCCUUUUCUUUUCUUUUCUUUCUUUUUUUCUUUCUCUUUUCUUUCUUUAUUCCUUUUCUUUCUCUUUUCUUUCUUUUUUCCUUUUCUUUCUUUAUUCUUUUCUUUCUUUUUCUUCCUUUUUCUUUCUUUUUUCUUUUCUUUAUUCCUUUUCUUUCUUUUUUUCCUUUUCUUUCUCUUUUCUUUCUUUAUUCCUUUUCUUUCUCUUUUCUUUCUUUAUUCCUUUUCUUUCUCUUUUCUUUCUUUAUUCCUUUUCUUUCUCUUUUCUUUCUUUAUUCCUUUUCUUUCUCUUUUCUUUCUUUAUUCCUUUUCUUUCUCUUUUCUUUCUUUAUUCCUUUUCUUUCUCUUUUCUUUCUUUAUUCCUUUUCUUUCUCUUUUCUUUCUUUUUUUUUUCUUUUCUUUUCUUUUCUUUUUCUUUCUUUAUUCCUUUUCUUUCUCUUUUCUUUCUUUUAUUCCUUUUCUUUCUUUUUUUCCUUUUCUUUCUUUUUCUUUCUUUUUUCUUUUCUUUCUUUUUCUUUCUUUUUUUCUUUCUUUUUCUUUUCUUUAUUACUUUUCUUUCUCUUUUCUUUUCUUUUCUUUAUUCCUUUUCUUUCUCUUUUUCCUUUUCUUUAUUUCUUUUUUAUUCUUUUUUUUCUUUCUUUUAUUCCUUUUCUUUUCUCUUUCUUUCUUUUCUUUUCUUUCUUUAUUCCUUUUCUUUCUCUUUUCUUUCUUUAUUCCUUUUCUUUCUCUUUUCUUUCUUUUCUUGUCAACUUUUCCUCCAUUUUAUCGUAAUAAUAAUAAUAUCAAAGCGAGUUUGCUUUCCCGUUACUCUCUCUCUCUCUCUCUCUCUCUCUCUCUCUCUGAUUUUUUUUUCUUUCCCCACAAACCUGAUGAGGACAACAGUCCAAACAAUGUAAAUAUUCUUUCUUUCUAUCUAUCUAUCUAUCUAUCUAUCUAUCUAUCUCAGUCUCUUUUUUAA